UUUUUUGUUAUUUAUCUUUUUUGUGUUUUUUCUUUUUUUUUUCAGAGAAUUUGGAGAAUAUCGAAUGAUAUCAUGGAUACGAGGAGUAUAAUAAAAGCAAGGGGGGAGUGCCUUGAUGUGAAUUACAGAGAAAGGAAAGCGGGAGGAAGGUCAUGGUGGCAUACACGUCAUUGGUGAACGGCUCACGCUUUUGUACUGCUCGUGUCUACAACACACCAAGCAUUAGCAAGCGGGCACCAAGGGACGGACUCUUUCUUCUCUCUUCUUCUUCCUCCGCAGUCCUCAAUAACAACACGUCGUCCUCUUUUCCCCUUUCCUUUUGUUUUAGAAUUUUUUAAGGACAAGAAGAAGGCAAACGGGAAAUAGCGGUUGUUUGCUUUGCUUUGGUUUACCAGAUGGGCAACUGCUUAGAUUCUUCUUCUGCUAAAGUAGAUUCCACCCAGAGCUCACAUAAUCCUGGAGCCUCAAGAAUUUCCAGCAGAACCAGCCAUUCUUCAGUUCCUUCUAGUCUGACCAUCCCAUCAUACAGUGGAAGGAGCAGUGAAUGUCUUCCUACACCAAGGAGUGAAGGUGAAAUAUUGUCAUCGCCAAAUUUAAAAGCUUUCUCAUUCAAUGAGCUAAAAAAUGCUACCAGAAACUUCCGUCCCGACAGUCUUCUGGGUGAAGGUGGCUUUGGCUAUGUAUUCAAAGGAUGGAUUGAUGAACACACUCUUACUGCUGCAAAGCCUGGAUCGGGAAUGGUUGUUGCUGUCAAGAAGCUUAAACCUGAAGGUUUCCAAGGCCACAAGGAGUGGUUGACAGAAGUUAAUUAUCUCGGCCAACUUCAUCAUCCAAAUCUGGUUAAAUUGAUUGGAUACUGCUUGGAAGGUGAGAACCGGCUUCUGGUCUAUGAGUUCAUGCCUAAAGGGAGCUUAGAGAAUCAUCUGUUCAGAAGAGGACCACAGCCACUUUCAUGGGCGAUAAGAAUCAAAGUGGCCAUAGGUGCUGCCAGAGGACUCUCUUUUCUUCAUGAUGCAAAAUCACAAGUCAUAUACCGUGACUUCAAGGCAUCUAAUAUUCUACUAGAUGCGGAAUUUAAUGCAAAACUUUCUGAUUUUGGUUUGGCCAAGGCAGGCCCUACUGGUGAUAGGACUCAUGUGUCCACUCAAGUUAUGGGUACUCAUGGGUAUGCAGCACCUGAAUACGUUGCUACAGGUCGGUUGACAGCCAAAAGUGAUGUAUACAGCUUCGGGGUUGUAUUGCUGGAAUUCCUGUCUGGGCGACGCGCUGUUGAUAAAUCUAAGGUGGGUGUGGAGCAGAAUCUGGUAGACUGGGUGAAACCGUAUCUGGGUGACAAAAGGAAAUUAUUCCGAAUUAUGGACACCAAAUUGGGGGGACAAUAUCCUCAGAAAGGAGCCUUCAUGGCUGCUAACCUGGCUUUACAGUGCCUAAGCACUGAAGCUAAAGUCAGGCCUCGAAUGUCAGAAGUAUUAGCAACACUGGAGCAAAUUGAAUCCCCAAAAGGUGCAGUUAAAAACAUCCAAUUAGAGCAUCAAACAGUUCAGACACCUGUCCGACAGUCCCCAAUGAGACACCAUCGCUCUCCUGUGAUUCCAACGGCCAGUGCCUCCCCGAUGCCAUCCCACCACCAAUCUCCACGAUUACGAUAAGCAGAUAGUUAUUUGUAAAAUUCUUUUUUUAUUUGCUCCUGUAUUUUGUUCUUGUAAAAACGAAUGUGGGUGUGUGCACUUUUGGAUUAGAAACACAGAUACUAUCACUUGUUGUACCGAAAGAGGGUCGUAGAAGGUUUUACAGCCAGGCUUAAACCUGGCUACAUCUUGUUGUUGUAGCAUAGAUGUGCGUUUCUCACCACAGUAAUCCAUGUCCUAUUCAACUGUAAUUACUUAGUUAUUGGUUAUAUGAGCUCUUUGAUUGAUGCAA